UUUACUUCUAUCCUUUUCUCAGAGUCUUCUUCUUCCAGUUUUUGUAAGUAUCAUUACUGAACUAAGUUCAUUAAUAAGUACUAAUAAUCCUUAAAUCUACAGCCAUGGCUGCCAUGGCAUCUUCUACCUUCUUCUUCUUCCUACUUUGUCUCACAGUCACCGCCAAAAAAACCUACAUUGUUCACAUGAAACAUCAAGACAAGCCACUUUCUUUUGAAACCCACAAUGAUUGGUACAGUUCCAGCUUACAGUCACUCACCGCCACCCCAGCUGAGUCUCUUCUUUAUUCAUAUAAUGCUGCAUUUCAUGGCUUCGCUGCUUCACUUGAUCCCGAACAAGCUGAAGCUCUUAGCAAAUCAGAUUCGGUUCUGGGUGUUUAUGAAGAUACUGUUUAUAAUCUUCACACUACUCGUACCCCACAGUUUUUAGGCCUUGAUGCUGAGUCUGGCCUAUGGGCUGGUCAUAAUACCCAGCAACUCGAACAAGCUUCUCGGGAUGUGAUUAUUGGGGUGUUAGAUACCGGUGUUUGGCCGGAAUCUAAGAGUUUUGAUGAUUCCGGUAUGCCGGAGGUUCCUGCUAAGUGGCGUGGUGAGUGUGAAUCGGCUCCUGAUUUUAAUCCCAAGUUUUGCAACAGGAAACUCAUUGGAGCUCGAAGCUUUUCGAAGGGUUACCGUAUGGCAUCAGGCGGUGGUGGGAUUUACAAAAAACCGGGAGAGAUCCAGUCCCCGCGUGAUAAAGAUGGUCACGGUACACACACUGCUAGCACCGCCGCCGGAUCUCACGUGGCAAACGCUAGUCUCCUCGGAUACGCUAGCGGAACGGCUCGUGGGAUGGCGACCCACGCCCGCGUCGCCGCCUACAAGGUUUGUUGGGAAACGGGUUGUUUCGGAUCCGACAUUCUGGCCGGUAUGGAACGCGCAAUCGAAGACGGCGUGGACGUCCUCUCGUUGUCACUCGGUGGCGGAUCGGCGCCGUAUUUCCGUGACACCAUCGCCAUUGGAGCAUUCACGGCGAUGGAGAAGGGCAUUUUCGUCUCUUGUUCAGCAGGUAACAGCGGGCCCACUAAGGCCACUCUUGCCAACGUGGCGCCGUGGAUUAUGACGGUUGGCGCCGGGACGUUAGAUCGAGAUUUCCCCGCUUACGCCGUUUUAGGAAAUAAAAUCCGUUAUAACGGCGUCUCGCUUUACAGCGGUCGAGGAAUGGGGAAAAAUCCGGUUGGUUUGGUUUACAGCAAAGGUAACAGCUCCGGUAGUAAUUUAUGUUUGACCGGUUCGCUCGAUCCGGCUUUGGUACGUGGGAAGGUAGUGCUUUGCGAUAGAGGAACAACCGCCCGAGUUGAAAAAGGAGCCGUCGUGCGCGACGCAGGCGGCGUCGGGAUGAUAUUAGCGAACACCGAGGCUAGCGGUGAGGAGCUGGUGGCUGACAGUCACUUGUUACCAGCCGUGGCGGUUGGGAGGAAAGUCGGUGAUUUGAUCAGAGAAUACGCACGGUCCGAACCCAAUCCAACAGCCGCGCUUGUCUUCGGUGGUACGGUUUUGGAUAUCAAACCAUCACCGGUUGUUGCAGCGUUUAGUUCCCGGGGACCCAAUAUGGUGACGCCACAGAUCUUGAAACCGGACGUGAUUGGACCUGGUGUCAACAUAUUAGCUGCUUGGUCAGAGGCUAUUGGUCCCACUGGUUUGGCCAAGGACUCGAGGAAGACCAUGUUCAACAUCAUGUCAGGUACAUCAAUGUCAUGUCCACAUAUCAGUGGGCUAGCAGCGUUGAUCAAGGCUGCUCAUCCAGAAUGGAGCCCAAGUGCAAUCAAAUCGGCUCUAAUGACCACUGCCUACACCCAAGACAACACCAACUCGACUCUUAGGGAUGCGGCGGACGGAUCGUUGUCAAACCCAUGGGCACAUGGGGCUGGCCACGUCGAUCCCCAAAAAGCUCUUUCACCAGGCCUAGUAUACGACAUCUCGACCGAAGAAUACAUCACAUUCUUGUGCUCACUCGGCUACACCGUCGACCAUGUCAAGACCAUAGUGAAACGCCCCAACAUUACAUGUUCGACGAAAUUCAAGGACCCUGGUGAACUCAAUUACCCAUCGUUUUCAGUCUUGUUUGGGGGCAAAAGGGUUGUUCGAUACACUCGUGAAUUAACAAACGUAGGCCCUGCAAGGUCCAUAUACAAAGUCACAGUAAAUGGACCAUCGACAGUAGGGAUCUCAGUUAGGCCCAAGACACUCAUCUUUAGAUCCGUGGGUGAAAAGAAGAGAUACACAGUCACCUUUGUAGCUAAAAGAGGAACAAGCCCAAUGGCUAAACCUGAAUUUGGUUCAAUAGUAUGGGGCAAUGCUCAAAACCAAGUUAAAAGCCCAGUUUCCUUCUCAUGGUCAUUGAUGUGAGAGUGUCCCACAGUUUAUAUAUAAUUCUGGGUAUUCUUUUCCCUCAAUGAACCUCACACAGGACAAGAAAUCUGGUGCAAAAAGGGACCCUCAUCCAUGGCGGAAACCUUUUUCAUUUUGUGGUUUGUAAUAUUUAUUUACAUUUGGAUUUAAGUUAAUGAUGGUAUAAAAAUGAUCACCUUGUUGGCUA